UUUGUAUACCUUCUUCAUCUUCUUCUUGUUCAAUGGCUAAAGUGCAUCUUUGUAUACCUUCUUCAUCUUCUUCUUGUUCAACCCAAAGAGAAACAUACACUAUAUGGAUGAAGUCACUUGUAUUAAACUCUAACGGGUAUACGGUUUACGAUUCCAAUGGAGAAGUCGUUUUUCGUAUAGAUAACUAUGAUAGCAAGUGUAGAAGUGAAGUUUAUUUGAUGGAUCUUCGGGGAAAUAUUGUAUGCACGAUACUUCGAAAGAAACUAUUGCGAUUUGGGCUUUGGGAUUGUUAUAACGAUAAAGAUUCUCGGAUACCUUGGUUUAAAGUGGGAAAAGCUUUUGGCUUUUUCAAUAACGAUUAUAUUUAUGAUAUUUUGGUUGGAACGAACGAAGCACAAAGUAUAAGUAGCUCGAGCCAUAGAAUGGAAGGAUCGGUUGAUAACUUAGAGUUCAAGAUAUUUGAUGGUAAAGGACGAAUUAUGGCCGUGGUGCAAAGAAAACUAUCAUCUUCAGGCGUCGCAUUGGGUGAAGACGUAUUGUUCGUGACCAUUGAGCCGCACAUAGAUCAUAUAUUCGUAAUGUCUUUAGUAGCGAUACUAGGAUUAAUUCGUCGAAAAAUGUAGAUAAUAAUUCGUCAUUUUUGGUGUUUAUACAAAAAAAAAAAAAAAAUACAUGCGCUUGUACGUGUAAACUAACCAAAGUUGUAUUCAUGUACUAAACACAAGUGUCGCACGACACAAGUAAAAAUUCUUUUAUGUGUUAUGUAUGCAUUUAAAUGACACUGAUUCACUGGACAUUAUUUUAUAAA